AUGGCCACACUUGCCAUGAAGCGAAGAACGCCUUCGCUCGGUACACUGCCUACGAUGCCUAAUAUAUCUGUUGUUGAUGCUCCGAUGCCGACUACAUCUUCUACUUCACCAUCCAUCAUUAAUAAUACCAACAACAAACCUGCUGUGCAGGGUGGCUCUCUUUAUCACACAUGUCGCUCGGUGCUCGACAAGCUUGCUGCCGUUGACGGUAUGCAAGACUAUCUCAACGAAGCUGAUCAGGCAUCAUCCAUACCCACGCCCGCAUCGUCAAUGCCGUCUUCCUCAUCCGAGCCAUCAACACCCACCAGCACCAACAAUGACCCUCUCACAAAAUUAUGGACGCUGUGUCGACGUGGCUCUCCAUUGUGUACUUUGUUCAAUGCGUUGAAUACUGAAAAGCCGCUCAAAGUGGAUCGCAACCCAACACUCAACCAAGUCAACACGUGCAAAGCAAGCGUCUAUCAUUUCAUUGUUGCUUGCAAAGACCAGCUUGAAUUCACCGAAGAUCAGCUAUUUACAAUCACCGAUUUAUAUCAAGAUGACACGAAUGGUUUCGUCAAGGUUGUCAAUACUGUCAACAAGAUUCUCUUUUUAUUGGAACGUGAUGGAUUGAUCACUGUACGUUCAUCCAACCGCAACUCGGAUCCCAACGCUCCCAAGGAUACCCGUGACAAGGUGGUGCUUGAAUUACUUGAGACUGAACGCAAAUACGUACAAGAUUUGGAGACGCUUCAGAACUACAUGCGUGAAAUGCAAGCACAAAAGAUCUUAUCACCUGAUACCGUUCAUUAUCUUUUUGGCAACUUGAAUACGUUGGUUGAUUUCCAACGGCGGUUCUUGAUUCAAAUCGAAAACACGGCCGAGAAUGCACCUGAGGAGCAACGCUUUUGUCAACUCUUUUCACAAAUGGAGGAAGCCUUUGCAGUGUACGAGCCUUAUUGCGCCAAUUAUUAUUCAGCACAAGAUUUGGUUGUUCAGGAAACACCCAAGCUUGAGAAAUUGUCUCAUAUUCUCAAUCCAACUUACGAGUUGCCAUCGAUGCUCAUCAAGCCUGUGCAACGUAUUUGCAAGUAUCCACUGCUUUUGGGACAACUCAUCAAGACAACAAAUAAGGAUUGGCCACACUAUGAUGAAAUGGAACAAGGUCUGGAAGCUAUCAAGCGUGUUACUGAAAAGGUCAAUGAGACACAACGCAAGCAUGAGAACUUGCAAGCUGUUGAGGAUCUACGACGACGUGUGGAUGAAUCUGAGCGUGACAGGGUGGAAGGUGACGGACACAUUUUGUUGCAUGGCAACUUGACAAUGUCUCGCGGCGACAGCGACCGAGAAUUGCUUAUUUUCUUGUUUGAAAAAGCCAUGAUCAUUUGCAAGGAGACCAAGGAUGCCUCCAAGAACAGACUCACCAAGAGCAACACCUUGAUCAAAAAGAAACGCCGUGCCAGUUUACAAGUCAAAGGAAAGAUCAACACGAAUCGCAUCUUUAAUGUGGCCAACAAGUCACAACCAGGAAAUUGGAUGCUUGCGGUCGAAUACAAGGACAAGGAAGUCGAACGAUUUAUUCUCAAGUUCAGAAAUGAAGAACAGCUCAGAUUAUGGGAAUCCACCCUUGAAAAGGUCAAAGAAGCUCACAAGACGCAUGUUCCCAAUACGCAUUUGCUAUCCAUGGGUGCUGCACCAAUGACACCUGUUCCUUCGGGUGAUGGAUCUACGGCUGGUAGCAAUGGUGGAUUGUAUCUGCUGGAUGACGAUGAUACGGAUGACGAUGAUGAUGAUGCCGAUGAAGAGCCUGAUUUUUAUGCCGCACGUUCCAGAAGCAAUUCGGUGUCUGCCAAUCAAGCUUUACGACCCAAAAUGAUGCGCAACAAUAGUCAAGACGCAUCUAUGUUUAUGGCAACGCGUCAUCAACAACAACCACCACCACCUAUGCCAGGCAUGAACUUGUCACCUUUACCACGUGCUGCUGGUGGUCAUCAUCAUCAUCAUCCAACAACACCACCUUUAGAGUAUAGUGGAUAUCCUGUAUCACCACCACCUUCAAGCCCAUCAUCACCUGGUACACCUUCUCGUACAUCGACAUCGACAUCCUCUUGGCAUCAUCGUCGUAACGAAGAUGGCAGCUCCCCUCUCACUGAUAUUGCAAGCAAAUUCAUGUCUGCUACGGAUGCUAUCGCACCUUCGUCUGAAGAUAUUGUACCUCCUAUGCGUAUGAGUGGUGCUUCUCCUUCACGUAGUCAAUCACAUACCACCAUGCCAGCGCAUGCCAUGUAUCAACAACAACCUCCCAUGCCAUCCGCUUCAUUUUCGACGGCACGUAACAGUCCACAUCAUCAACGUGUACGAUCUCAAAGCAGCCCCAAUAUCCACAAGCUGAAUCAUCCUUCUCAACAACAACAAUGGGAAGAUUUGCCACAAAUGCCAUCCAUCAACUCGCGUACACUCUAUAGCAGCAAUAGCAGCAAUGGUGGACGUACACAUGCAACGGCUCCUGCAGCUACUACAACAGCUGCUUCUGUGGCACCACGUCUUUCAGAAACAGCAAGCUCAUUGCAAUCACAAAUUGAUCGUGUGGUAUCGGCUGUUCCCAAUUCACCAGGCACCGUCAAGAUCAAACUCAGCUACAAUGAUGGCAUUUAUGUCAUUGUGGUCAGUGAAAGCAUCUCGUUUGCCGAUCUUAUGGAAAAAGUCGAAAAGAAGAUCCGACUCGUGGCUCAAAUUCGUCCAACCGAUAUUUUACGACUCAAAUAUCAAGAUGAAGAUGGCGAUCUUAUCACAAUCAAUUCGGAUGAUGAUGUCCAGAUGGCCUUUGAAAACCGUAACACAGCACUUAAUCUCUUUGUCAGCAUCUAG